AUGGAGGAGUCUGUGACCUUUGAAGAUGUGGCUAUAUUUUUCACCCAAGAGGAGUGGGGGCAGCUGGACCCUGCUCAGAGGGAGCUGUACAGUGAUGUGAUGCUGGAGAAUUAUGGGAACCUGGUUUCACUGGGAUUACCAGUCUCUAAACCUGAUGUCAUCUCCCAGCUUGAGCUGAGAGAAGGAUGGUGGAUGCUGAAUGAUACUGGAAUUGAGGAAAAGGAGAUCUUUAGAGAUGCUUCCAGAGGUUUUAAGAAAAAAUCUGAUGAUAAGGAUUUUUUCACUCUACUUCCUAAAGAAGUAAAAUUGCAUGGAAAGGUAUCAGAAGAACUCCUAAGAGGUAUUAACCAGGUCAGGGAUUUAGGAGAUGCCUAUGAGCUUAAUAGCUGCUUAGAGAGAAAGAGAAGAAACACCAGAGGGGAGAAGUGUCUUCAGUCUGCUUCUCUGCAGAGAGGUUCCCAACAUGUCACAGUCUUCUAUAAGAAAACAGUUAGACCAGAGAAAGCCAAGAAAUAUAAUGAAUUUGACAAAACCUUUGGUUACAGCCCCAAAGUUGUUAUACAUCAGAGAGAUCCUACAAAAGAAAGAGUCCAUAAAAUUAAUACUUAUGGCCAAAGUUUUGCCCAAAGUUCUGCCCCCAUGUACCAUAAGAAAAUUCAUAGUAGAGAGAAUCAUGUUAAAUGUGACGAAUGUGGGAGAGCCUUCACUCAUAUGGCAGCUUUUAUACAGCACCAGAGUAUUCAUACUGGAGAGAAACUCUAUGAGUGUAACGAAUGUAGUAAGGCCUUCAGUCGACCUUCAGUCCUUAUUCGACACCAGAGAGCUCAUUCUGGAGAGAAGCCAUUUGAAUGUAGUGAAUGUGGGAAAGCUUUCAGUAGAAGUUCAGUCCUUCAUGAACAUCAGAGAAUUCACUCUGGGGAGAAACCCUAUGAAUGUAAUGAGUGUGGUAAAGCCUUUAGUCGAAGCUCUACCCUUAUUCAACAUCAGAGAAUUCACACUGGAGAGAAACCUUAUAAUUGUAAAGAAUGUGAGAAAGCUUUUAGUACACGGUCAGGUCUUCAUGAACAUCAGAGGAUUCACAGCGGGGAGAAGCCAUAUGAAUGUAAUGAAUGUGGGAAAUCUUUUAGUCGAACUUCAGAUAUCAUAGCACAUCAGAGAAUUCAUACUGGAGAAAAACCAUAUGGAUGUAAAGAAUGUGGAAAAACCUUUAGUAGAAGCUCAAGUGUUAGAAAACAUCAGAAAAUCCAUGAAGGAGAGAAACCCCAUGAAUGUGAUAAAUGUGGUAAAACUUUCACUCAUCUUACAGAUUUUGUUCAACAUCAGAGAAUUCAUAGUGGAGAAAAACUUUAUGAAUGUCACGAAUGUGAUAAGGCCUUCGAUUAUGCCUCAACUCUUACUCGACAUCAGAGAAUUCAUACUGGGGAAAAAACCUACAAAUGUAAUGAAUGUGGAAAAUCCUUCACCCAUUUUACAGGUUUUAUGCACCAUCAGAGAAUACAUACUGGCAAGAAACCCUAUAAAUGUAACGAAUGUGGGAGAGCCUUCAGUAGGAACUCACUCCUUAUUGAACAUUGCAGGAUUCAUACUGGUGAGAAACCUUUUAAAUGUAAUGAAUGUGGGAAAGCCUUCAGUUACAUCAAAGGUUAUAGUCAGCAUCAGCUAAUCCAUAGUGGAGAGAAACCUUUUGACUGCAGUGAAUGUGGAAGAGCCUUUAGUCGCCAUUCACUCCUUAUUCGACAUCUGAGAGUCCAUACUGGAGAGAAACCAUUUGAAUGUAAUGAAUGUGGUAAAGCCUUCGGUAGAAGGUCAGUCCUUCAUGAACAUCAAAGAAUUCAUACUGGGGAGAAGCCAUAUGAAUGUAAUGAGUGUGGGCAAGCCUUCAGUCGGAGCUCUACCCUUAUCCAACAUCAGAGGAUUCACACUGGAGAGAAACCUUAUGAAUGUAAUGAAUGUGGGAGAGCUUUCAAUACCAGAUCAGGCCUUAGUGAACAUCAGAGAGUUCAUACUGUCCAGAAGCGAAGUGAAUGUGAUGAGUGUGGGAAAACUUUUCAUAGGAGAUCAAAACUUAUUCAACACCAGAGAAUUCAUGCCGGAGAGGAGCCAUGUGAAUGUAACAUAUGUGGGAGAGCCUUUGCUUGCCAUUCACUUCUCAUUCAACACCAGUGUAAUUGCACUCAAGUUAAUGUGUAAAUGUGAUGGAAAUGCAAAGGAGAAUUCUGUUGACUGGAGUUCAUAUAGGUUAAAAUCACAUAAUAGAAUGUAAACUUGUUAAUGGCAGCUGCUAAUUUUUGUUCAAAUUUAGUUUGUAUAGCAUUCUAGCCCAGUGCCACAUACAGAGCAAUAAUAAAAUAUGUUUUUGGUGGUUGAA